AUGAAGGUGUUGUGGUUGGUGCUGUUCUUCGCUCUGCUCUUUGGUGCCGGUGGGGCUCUCGACCUCCAUCUGGAAGGAGCAGAUGCUGGAUUCUUCUUCCAGCAGAGCCUGGGCUCGUCCCAGCAGCCUCUGCUGAAAUUCCCUACACAUUCCUACUCAUCUAAUGCCUCUGCUGUUGACCCCCCGCCCUUGCUGAGAGAGAGGCUGGCCGUUCUUGGACCUUCUGCUCAGCCAGGCAGGAUCUUGGUCACCUAUGGCCCAUUUGAAGUGAAACAAAGCCUACCAACCAAGUACCUCACCUUGUCAUUGGAGAAUGCAACUGAAAGUGGUGCUGAACAGGCCACCUUGAUGGACAUAACAGCCCAUGUGGUCAACUCUGAAUUGAGAAGGGAGAGUCCUGUUCUGAGAGUCUUGUUCCACAGUGGCAGGCACUUUCAUUCUCCUGGGCAAACCGUUGAGGAAGAUCCAGACAGGACUGCUGGACCUAUAGCACCUGAAGAAUGGGAAGACGAACCUAAUGGCCGACUGAUGGAAACUUGCAUCGCUUUGCGGGUCCACAAUCCCACCGGUGGUACCUCAUUGAUGGGCACAUGUGUUCCACAGGGACUGGAUGGCGUCUGUCUUGCUUAUCUAACGCUACCGUUCGACUGGUGGGCAUCUUCUCCCAUCUCACCUACUUUUCCAUCUCUCAAUGCUGGCAUUUUGGGUCUUCAACAACAUCCGACAGUCACGGCCAAGCCAAGCAAAGCCGUCCGUAAUGUGGUCGAGUUAAGUUACGCUGUUUACGAAACUAAAGCCGGACAGUGCGGAUAUUCCGAUCCAUCAUCGUCCUACAGCAUUCGUGCUGGCCAUCAAAAAUCUCAACAGCAAUCAAGAGCUUCUUCUUCUUCGUCAACAGCCAGCAGUUUCCCACCGCCGUCCGCUGUUUUGAUCCAGCCGUACAGGCCCAUCAAUUCGAUUCGUUUGUUGCCCAACGUCUACGCUCCUCGCGAUCUCCUCGUCCACGAAGAGGCCGUCUCUCUCUCGCCGACGCUCCGGUUCAUCGCCUCGGCCGCACCGCUCUAUCCCCAUUCGUACUUUUACGUCACGGUCCUGCUGGACUCGACCACGGCCAAAGACGAACCCUACGCCGUCAUUGUCAGGGCUAAAGUUAAGAAUGGUCUUAAAAUCAUCUCGACACAGACGACGAAUCCAGCUUGGUCACUCAAUUUCGAUGUCAAUGGCAAACACAUUGCAGCUGCUGUCUCGGCCGUCCGUAACUUCUCCGUCUCGACUCAACCUCAUCAGCCGAGCCAGGAAUUGUUUACAUGGCUUCUGGCCGUCAACGUGGACCACCAUCGGGACAGCUCUGAACUUGGCGACGGCGUUCGUGCUCUUUGGAGUUGGACCAUCAGGAGCCACUCGACUUCACCUCCUCCGGCUCAUCACCACCACGCCGGCAACAAAGACGGUCUCGACGAAGUCAAAGGCAAACUGACUAGCCGCUUUGAAGUGCUGAAAGAUGAAGUCCAGUCCGUCUUCCCCAUCAUCAAGCGUCGCGAUUUGGUCAACACGGCGAUUUUGACGUCGCGCCAGGUCGCCGAGCCUCUGCGCGUUUUCAUGGUGACGCAGGCCGGCAAAGUCGCCGAUGUGACCCUGCAGGCGAGCUGCUCGUCUGUGGACGAAAGCGUCCUCAAGGUGUCGUCGUCGUGCACGUCCGUCUAUUUGGACGGGUCGGAAGUUCGUGGUUCGACCAAUGCCACUCUAGUGGCCCGUUAUGGAAAUGUUGAAAGCACGAGCUCGUUGACCGUGUGGGUACCAGAAAUGCCAUUAGACAUCCAACUGGACGAUGUCAAACUGAAUCAAAUUAGCGGAUGGAAAGUAAUGGCCAGCAAUAGCGGAGCUACCGGUGGCAAUCAAUGCCGAUUACGAUAUCAACAAUCUUCAUUCGAGGUGUUUGCCCGUUUCUACGCCGAGGAUCACGAUUCCGGCCGCGUUUCUUACCUGAUAUCGCGCAAGACGUACCUACUCAUCACGGAUCUGGUCCGCAAAGUGAUGCGGGUGGCCGAUCCGCGCGUGGCCGUUUUGAAGAUGACGGCCGGCUAUAUCGAGGGUCUGAAGCCGGGCAAAACGGAGGUGCAAGUCUUGUCGCCCAUGUCGGGCCACGUCAUUGCUGCCCGCGAAGUUCGUGUUCUAGCGGACAAGGUGGACGUGUCUAGCCUGUCGGUCCGUCUCAUUGCCGGCCUGUCUCUGAGCCUGUCGCCCGAUCCCGACCUUGACUCGUGUUUCGUCGCCCAAGUGGAGGCCAGCGACCGUCUCCACUCUCGCUACCAGGAAGCCAUUUUGGAUCUGACGGUGCACUUUAGCGACGGGACGGCCUCUCCGCUUCGCGUGACGGACCGCUCCCAUUACAACUUGCUCGUCGAAUCUCACAACACGACCAUCUUGGCCCUGACGUCACCUGCCCGCGCCAACAUUCCCAGGGUGCUGGCGCUGGGCGAGGGACGCGCCAGUCUGUCGGUGACUUUCACGUCGGCUUGCACGACCACCACCAACGGCCAACAGGAGGGCGAUGGUAGUCAUCACCGUCAGGCACCCGCCCAUCCAUUAGCCACGACUGUGGCUGUCAUUCAACUAGCGCUCAACGGCCAUCCAGCCACCAGCGUGCAAAAUGACGCACGCACCGAGUCUAGCGGUCACAUGUACACGUUGGCUCACGGCGGCCAUGGCAACCAAAUCAAUGGCGACUCGAGGCGCAACGGUGGCGCAGCCAAAAUGGCGCCACCUUCAGCCGGCAACGCUGGCCGAUUAGGCCAGCCUAAUCAAGGUCAGCUGACUUUUUCCAAGCCGGGCUCGACGGAAUUCGGAGUCAACGAGAAUCAGCUCUCGUUGAAAGACGAUAGCAACGCCGUGAUGAUGUCGAGCGCGGGACGUGACAUGCAGCACGCCCAUCCAGCCUAUCCGGCCUCAUCACAUUAUCCGGGCGGCAGCGGUUUUUCAUCAUCGAGUUUCCAGCAUAUGGGUCCGUUGGAGAUCGGCAUGUACGUCCUAUUAGCCAUCUUUUGUGCGGCCAUUGUCGUCUUCGUCGGAACGUGUAUCGUUUACGCGUCGAGGGCACGGAAGGGACUGAUCCCGGCGGACGACAGCGACCGUCACAUCGAUCGGCAAGCCCAAACGAUCGAUCCGUGGCCGUCCCUCUGGAAUCGUCUCAAGAAAAUGAAUCCGAAAGGAGCCAUCGGGGGAGGAGACGGCCAUGGCCGCCAAAGAGCAAUGGCUGCCGAUGAGAAUGAAGACGAAGAGGAAGGGGCAGACAAGGGGUGGAUUUGGUUAGGCCGCUCGACGCUCGAUCCUGAAGUCCCUCGGCGACCCGUGUCGUCUGCAGCCACGAGGCCCGUCUCUCUGUCAGCCAAUCCGGAUCCCAGUAAUCGAUUGAGCGGCAUCUCGUACGCCGGCUCGGAGGUGAGCGUGCGAAUCGUCGGCAGACCCACCGGCCCCGACGGAAGCCGUCUUUCUUACAAAGCCCAGCUUUGUUUUGAGCCGUUGAAAGACGCUGUGGAUGAUGACGAUAUCGAUCACAUUGGCGAUGCCAAUCAUCCGAAUAGCUGGCCGGGAUCGGUCGAUUCCAAGACUUUCACUAAGAACAACGCGGGCGUGAGUCACCAUCACCCCGGAGCGUUGCGGAUCACCACCAAUCAGCUGGCCGCAGCCGAGGAGCCACUGCUGUCUGACGUUGUCCGUCGACCGAGCAACAAUCGACGAGCGGCCAGACGUUCCAGCGAGCAAGACACUCGACGCUACGCCCGUUCUUGGCUGAUGGCCGGAGAGGCCAUUCCUCGCGAUUUCAAUUCGAAUCCGUCCAUCAUCACGGACUCUGAUGCGGAAGAAGAGCUCGAGCAUCAAGCACCCAAUUCGAAGAAUCUGAAGUUGGAACUGGACGUCGAUGAUACCGACGAGUACAACGUAGCGACCUUCUUGCGUCACGGAAGCCCCGAUAUCAAACAGGCCAACAUCAUCGAAAAUCCUCGUUUCUCGCCCACCACGACGUCGACCACCAUCGACCCUGAAAACAACACGGAACUGUGCGAGUGCGCUGGCCAAUCAGAGUCUGCCCAUCAGGCGGCCACGUCUCCAUUGGACGUCGACUACGACCGCAUCAUCUCCUAUUUGGGAAUACUCAAAGAGACGAGCACUUGAAUUUUUUAAAAUCAAAUUUUGAAAUUAAAAAGAAAAAUCUCUGUCCCCCUAAUUUCCUCCUCCGCGAGUUCAACAAACUAAUAAUGUUCGUUUGCACGUGUUAUGUCUACGACACGCGCGUGAGUAGAAAAAUCAUGAGUACGCUUAACGACUAAGCAUCCGCUCGUUUUCUUCCCCGAUUCCGUAAAAAGAGAAAAAUCAUUUAAAGAAAAACAAACAAAUUUAAAAAAAGGCAAAAAAAGAAUUAAAAAAUUUCUAGUCACAUGUAAAACUCUUUAAAAAAAAAAAACGCGCCAUUUUUUUUUAUCUACCCUCACGCCUGUUCACCUUACAUGUAACCUCCGCAAGCAGCUAGCCUGAAGUUAUUAUUCUAACUUUUUUUUUUGUUUUCUUAAUUCUUUAUUAUUUAUCGUUUCUUGUUUUAUUUCUUUUACGAUGGAAAUUCCUACACACACAAUGCACGCUGGUCCAUCCCUUUUAUACAUAAAUAUUCCCCCCCCCCCUUUUUUUGGUUUCUUUAUAACUAGAAAAGCAGGAGAUUAACAAAAGACAAACUAACCUUUGUAAUAAUUACGUACGUGUGCGUGCUACAAUAAUUCUCCAUGAUGCUUUUUACCUUUCUCACUUCCCUCGAAAUUGUUGUUGAUUAUUCUUUUUUUUUUUAUUAUUAACGAACUAUUGAGACAUUCGAAUCGAUAUCAAAGAAGAAUGUUGCAAAAGAAAAGGAUAAAAAAACUACCGCUUACAUUAUUUUCCGUUUUUGGGCUCAUCUCCUCCUUAUUGAGCCAUUUUAAAUAUCGCCGUGUGUGUAUGUAUAACAACGUGUUUAGCACCGUUCUCUCCCAUAGCAUCUCAAAAACAACUUAACUAAUUUUGAAAGCAUAACGCGUAUUUGAUUGUUUGUUUGUGUGUGUGUGUAUUAUUAUUUUUUAAAAAUCAGAAUUCCUCGAUCAAAAAAAUUGUGUUAGUACACACACGUCCUCGUAAAAACCCGCCCGAUUCUCGUAUCACGUUCAUCCCAACAACAACAAAAAGAAAUUAUGUAUUCAUUCGCUGUUGCUUUCGUAUAUAUUUAUCACUAUUAAAAAAAAAACGAAACAAAAAUAAUAAUUGCUGACGGACUGGGAAAGGAAAAAGAAAAUACGCAAAAAAAGAGAUUAACUUGAAGACAAAUUAACUUUGUUCAUUUGGUUUUCUUGAAUUUUGUUUUUUUAAUUUUUGACCUGCCGUCAACCUGUGCACAUUAUUGACUUUCCUCUUUUUUCCACUAUCUCCCCCGCCAUUCGGUCGAAACACUCAAUACACGCAUAUUUGCCAAUCGA